CGCGCCGCCGGCGGGGUCCUUCCGGCGGCGGAAGCGGCGGUGCGGCGCAUGCGCAGUCCUUUCCGGCCGGGCCCCGCCGCCGCCGCCACGAUGUUGAUGCCCAAGAAGAACCGGAUCGCCAUCUACGAGCUGCUGUUCAAGGAGGGGGUGAUGGUGGCCAAGAAGGACGUGCACAUGCCCAAGCACCCCGAGCUCGUGGACAAGAACGUGCCCAACCUGCACGUCAUGAAAGCCAUGCAGUCCCUCAAGUCCCGGGGGUACGUGAAGGAGCAGUUUGCCUGGAGACACUUCUACUGGUACCUGACCAACGAGGGCAUCCAGUACCUGCGGGAUUACCUGCACCUGCCCCCCGAGAUCGUCCCGGCCACGCUGCGCCGCAGCCGCCCCGAGACCGGCCGGCCCCGGCCCAAGGGUCUGGAGGGCGAGCGGCCGGCGCGGCUGACGCGGGGCGAGGCUGACCGGGACACGUACCGGCGCAGCGCCGUGCCACCUGGUGCUGACAAGAAGGCUGAGGCUGGUGCUGGAGCAGCCACCGAAUUCCAGUUCAGAGGUGGAUUCGGCCGUGGCCGUGGGCAGCCCCCGCAGUAGAACCCCCUGCUCAUGCUUUGUGUAUAAUAAAAGAGGUGAAAAUGCCA